AUGCCAAAGCAUCAAAAAGCAUUUACUUUACAAAUUAGCAGAUUUAUUAAUGGCAUUAUCGAGUUUGAUCGAAAAAUUGAAUCAUUUUCAACAAAUUUAUUGAUCCCACAGCGUUCAUGGGGAAAAAAACAAUGGGAUAUGAUUUUUAUUUUGUUAUUUGUAUACUUCAUUGGCUUUAAAUCCUUAUAUUUUUAUUUUUUAUCAAUUAAGAUAGAAAAUAUUAUAUCAUUGUUGAUAUAUUAUUUAUUGUUCACUCUACCAUUUUUUAUUGAUUAUGUAGUUACGAUCUCUUCUUGUUUUUUUCUUCAAAGCUUGUAUGUAAGAUUUCAAACAUUAAACGAUUUUUGGAAAUGUCUUCCUGCCGACUUAGUUGACGUUUCUCACCAAUGGACACACAUCGAAAUAGUGAAUUUGAUGGAAAAUACGAGGCUGUUACACUCCGAACUUUGCGAAUUGUUGAAAACGUUUACUCAAGGUUACGGUCCAUUGCUUUUGGGUUUCUUCACAUCCAGCUUUAUAAAUUUGCUUCUCAGUAUUUAUUUUAUAGUCAACAAUGGAUCAUUAUCCGUCUCACAUUCGUCAAUUAAUGUCUGGGAGCAGAUAAUACCACUUAUAAUUCACGUACAAAUGGUCACGUUUUUGAUGUUGAUUAUCGUUUUUGUUUCAUUCAUAAACGAGAAGGUAACUCACUGAUUUAUUCAACCUACUCACUCUCAUAAUUUUCGUUAAUUAUAUGUUUUUCAAUAAACUAAUUUAAAUUUUUUACACAUACUUUUAAAUCCUAGUUUAAAAUACUUAAAUUAUAUUUUGGAUUUAGUUUUAAAAUUGUAACUAUAAAAUAUUGUAAAUACUUAUCAAGCAAUUUAACUAAUAUCUUGUGAUGUAAUUAAUUUUCACUAAAGAUAAACCAGUAAUAGUGUAAUACUCUUAUUUUAAGUUGCUUGGAAAAUGAUUUCUUUUAAAAUUUGAAAGCGUAUUAUUGAAUUAUUUCAUUUCAUUUAUUUAUUUAGUGGUAUCCAAGAACGCGGUAGCAAAAUCGGCAGACGCCAAUAGCGGCAAAUUUUGAAUGAACAAAAUCGAUUUUUAAUUAUUAUAUUACCUAGAAUAAAGAAAUGUUUAAAUUGCCUAUUGCAACAUAAAACCUAAAGCCAGUCAUUACUCUAUGGACCAGUCCGGGUGGUUAGUUGGUACUUAGUACGGUUAGGUACAUGAUAAUAUAAAGAAAUAUAUUUUGUGGGGGUUAAAUAUUAUAACAAUAAAGAUAAAAUAUGAAUAUUGUCUAUCUAUAUUAUUUGUGUUUCAAUAAAUCUAAAAAAAUGUAGACUUCAAUGGUACUGAGGUAAUUUUAUAUGUUAAGUAGAUUAUUUGACUAGUAUCUUUACUAUAGUACAUUAAUUAAAAUAACAAAGAAUAUUACUAUUUCAAAUUUUGA